AUGUCUAAAGGAACAAAGAAAGUAGGUAUUUCUGGAAGAUUUGGUGCUAGAUAUGGAUCUACAUUAAGAAAAAGAAUGAAGAAAGUUUUGGAAACUCAGAAAAAAACAUAUGAAUGUAGAGCAUGCGGAAAGACAUCAGUAAAAAGGAAUGCAGUUGGUAUUUGGACUUGUAGAUCAUGUAUGGUUAAAUUUGCUGGUGGUGCAUAUUCUUAUGUUACUCCAGCUGGAACAACAUUUAAUAAUAUGUUGAAACAAGAAAAAGCCAAUUAA